AUGGCUCCAGCGCUGGGUCUGGGGCUGCUCUGGGGGCUCCUGGGGCUCCUGGGGGACCCGGGGGGCGCGAUCAAAGUUCUCCACUCCCUGCGUUACCUGCACGUGGCGGUGUCAGAGCCCAGCCCAGGGAUCCCCCAGUACAUGCAAAUGGGGUUCAUGGAUGGGAUCCCCUUUGUGCGCUACGACAGCGAGCAGGGCCGGCUGGAGCCGCUGACGCUGUGGAUGAAGGAUGGAGUCGAGCCAGGAUUUUGGGAGUGGCAGACCCGGAACAGUAUGAGGAACCAGCACAUGGAUGCCAAGAACCUGGAGACACUGCAGGAGCGAUACAACCAGAGCGGGGGUCUCCACACAAGGUUGCGAGUUUCCGGCUGUGACCUCCUGUCCAAUGGGAGCAUCCGUGGAUCCCACCGGAAUGCCUACAAUGGGCGGGAUUUAAUCUCCUUUGACCUGGAGUCCAGGAGAUUUGUGGCGGCCGACAGCGUUGGUGAGAUCAUCAGGAGGCGCUGGGAGCAGGAUGGGACCGUGGCUGAGUAUUGGAUGAAUUACUUGAAGCACGAAUGCCCCGAAUGGCUCCAGAAAUACAUCAAAUACGGGCAGAAGGAGCUGGAGCGCAAAGAACUCACCCCAGUCCCACUCCCAUGGCAUUCCAAUGAUGUCUAUCACCAUUAUCCCGUUCCAGAGCCCCCUGAUGUCCAUGUGUCUGGAAAAGAGGAACACAGGACGCUGAUCCUGUCCUGCCACGCGUAUGGAUUCUACCCUAAAACCAUCGCAGUCAGCUGGAUGAAGGGGGGUGAAACCUUGGAUCAGGAGACGGAGUGGGGCGGGAUCGUUCCCAACAGCGACGGCACCUUCCACACCUGGGCCAGGAUCGAGGCGCUGCCGGAGGAGCGGGAGCAGUACCGGUGCAGGGUGGAGCAUCCCAGAAUGCCGGAGCCCGGGAUCUUCACUUGGGAGCCGACAUCUGGCGGGAAUCUCACCAUGGUGGUCACUGUAUCCAUCAUCACUGCCAUCCUCAUCCUCAUUGUCCUCAUCGGAUUCGGCGUCUGGAAGCUCCAAUCUGGGAGGAGAGACAGGAAUGGAUACAACCCGGCAGCUGGAAGGGACAUGGGAACCAACAGCUUCAGCACAGGAAUCACUGCCUGAGUGAUCCAUGGAGCUGGAUCUGGCCCCUUCCCUCUUCCCAGGAAAGCUGAGAGCUGCCACCAGAGCUGAUCCUGCUGCUCCCACCCACCCCACAGGUCUUUCUAACGGAUUCAUUUCCAGUUUUCCAUUUCCCAGUGUUUUAAAGGCAAGAACCACAAACAUUUACAAUGCUUUAGUUCUGGUGUG